AUGACUCAAAAGACCUAUCCCACUGCCCUCACAACCGAGAUCGAGAACCCUCGGUUGAGGUUCCUCAACAAGAUCAAGGCGGGUGAAUACCCCCUGAUGACCUUUGUGGCUAUCCCCUCUGUCCGCCAAGCCCAGAUCGUUGCCCUGACUGGUCUCGACGGUGUCAUCCUCGACUGUGAACAUGGUCACAUUGGAGAUGACUCCAUGCACAACUCUGUAGCUGCCAUCUCGGCUCUCGGAGUCUCCCCCAUCAUCCGCAUCCGCGGCCCCGCUCACGACAUCAUCAAGCGCGCUCUUGACACUGGCGCCCACGGUAUCAUGGUUCCCCAGAUCAACAACGCCGAGGAGGCCCGACAGAUUGUCCAAUCCUCCAAGUUCCCUCCCCAGGGUGUUCGCGGCCAGGGCUCAGCCUUCCCCGCCAUCGGCCACGGUCUCACGACCCCUGAGUACAUGAAGUCAGCCAACGAGACGAUCCUUACCAUGAUCCAAAUAGAGACUCGCGCAGGAGUCGAGAACGUCGAUGAGAUCUGCGCGGUCCCCGGCGUGGACAUGGUCUUUAUCGGUCCCAACGACCUGGCCCAGUCCCUGCUGGGAUACGUCCCCGCCCGGGGAGACGAGCCCGAGUUCCUGGCUGCUAUUGACAAGAUCAUUGCUGCGGGACGGAGACACGGCAAGUGGGUUGGCCGCAUGGUCAACAAUGGUACUGCGGCCAAGGAGGCUAGGUCGCGGUAUGACACUGUCGCUAUUACUGGAGAUACCAAGGCUAUUCAAAAUUGGUACAUGGCUGAGUUUGAGAUUGCGCGGUCAUAG